UGACACCUGUCAGUGUCCAUCAGUGCCAGCUGUCAGUGCUCAUCCAUGCCACCUGCCAGUGCCCAUCAGUGCCACAUUUCAAUGCCUACCAGUGCACAUCAAUGCCACAUAUCAGUGCCCAUCUCAGCUGCCUUUCAGUGUCACCCAUCAGUGCCAGUCAGUGCCACCUAUCAAUGCCAGUCAGUGCCACCUAUCGGUGCUGCCAAUCAGUGCCACCUAUCAGUGCCAGUCAGUGCCGCCUAUCAGUGCCAGCCAUCAAUACCACCUAACAGUGCCAGUCAGUGCCGCCUAUCAGUGCCAGUUAGUGCUGCCUAUCAG